GUCUCCCUCCCUCCGCCCGGCGGAGCGGGCGGCGCCGCGGGGGCAGCGCGGAGACAGCGGCGGAGGGGAGGGAAAGAGAAAAAAAAAGAGGGAAAGAGGGAGCCCCGGGAACGGGCCACCAUGCCUCGCUGCGCGGCGCCCCCCCCUCCCCGCGCCUCCCGUGCCCCGUCCUGCGCGGCGCUGCGCGGGCGCCGCUGCGCGCGAGCGGUGGGAGCGCCUUAAAGGGGAGCUAAAUCCGCUUCUCCUCUGCGGUGGCUUCGCCCGCGGCCGCCGGGGCGGCUCAACAUGGCUUCCCCGCCGCACCAGCAGCUGCUGCAUCACCACAGCACCGAGGUGAGCUGCGACUCGAGCGGGGACAGCGUGGCCGUGAGGAUCAACCCCCGGCAGCACCAGGGCUGCGGCUCGGCCAAGCGCUGCAAGUACAGCAUCUCCUCGAGCUGCAGCUCCGGGGAGUCCGGGGGCACCCGGCGAGCGGCGGGGGGAGGCGGCACCGCCGGCUUCCGACGGCAGAAGAAGCUCCCGCAGCUCUUCGAGAGGGCUUCGUCCAAGUGGUGGAACCCCAAGUUCGAUUCCAACAACCUGGAGGAGGCUUGCAUGGAGAGGUGCUUCCCGCAGACCCAGCGGCGCUUUCGCUACGCCCUCUUCUACAUCGGCGUCGCCUGUCUCCUCUGGGGCAUCUAUUUUGGGGUUCACAUGCGGGAGAAGCGCCUCGUCCUCAUGGUGCCGGCCCUGAGCUUCCUUCUGGUGUGUGUAGGGUUUUUUGUCUUCACUUUCACCAAGGCUUACGCCCGCCAUUACGUCUGGACUUCGUUGGCGCUCACCCUUCUGGUUUUUGCUUUGACGCUGGCUCCGCAAUUCCAGGCGUUGAACCCUCUCUCAGGAAGCGGUGACAUGUCCAACCGGACUGCCCCGGACAAUCCCACAGACGUUUGUCUGUCUCAAGUAGGCAGUUUUUCCAUGUGUAUCGAAGUGCUCUUGUUGCUCUACACGGUGAUGCACUUACCUUUGUAUUUAAGCUUGUUUCUGGGACUGGCGUACUCCGUCCUCUUCGAGACCUUCGGGUAUCACUUCCGCGAUGAGAACUGUUUUGCGCCUCUGGGAGCCGGUGCCGUUUAUUGGGAGCUGUUGAGCAAAGCCUUCCUGCACAUCUGCAUCCACGCCAUCGGUAUUCAUCUAUUUAUCAUGUCCGAAGUCAGAUCGAGAAGCACAUUCCUGAAAGUGGGGCAAUCCAUCAUGCACGGAAAAGACUUGGAAGUGGAAAAAGCCCUGAAAGAGAGGAUGAUUCAUUCUGUUAUGCCAAGAAUAAUAGCCGAUGACUUAAUGAAGCAGGGGGAUGAUGAAAGUGAAAACUCCAUCAAACGUCAUUCCACCUCGAGCCCCAAAAACAGGAAGAAGAAGCCCUCCAUACAGAAAACCCCCAUAAUAUUCCGUCCUUUUAAAAUGCAGCAAAUAGAGCAAGUGAGCAUUUUGUUUGCAGAUAUUGUUGGCUUCACGAAAAUGAGCGCCAACAAAUCGGCCCACGCUCUGGUGGGACUCCUGAAUGACCUCUUUGGACGUUUUGACCGUCUGUGUGAGGACACUAAAUGUGAGAAGAUCAGCACUUUGGGGGACUGCUACUACUGCGUCGCUGGCUGCCCGGAGCCCCGGGCAGAUCACGCUUACUGCUGCAUCGAGAUGGGCUUAGGGAUGAUCAAAGCCAUCGAGCAGUUCUGCCAAGAGAAGAAAGAAAUGGUGAACAUGAGAGUCGGUGUUCACACUGGGACAGUCCUGUGUGGCAUUUUGGGAAUGAGGAGGUUCAAGUUUGAUGUGUGGUCCAAUGAUGUCAAUCUGGCCAACCUGAUGGAGCAACUCGGGGUGGCUGGAAAAGUCCACAUUUCGGAAGCUACUGCAAAAUAUUUGGAUGAUCGUUACGAAAUGGAGGAUGGAAAGGUGAUUGAGCGAGUUGGUCAGAGCGUGGUGGCCGACCAGUUAAAAGGUCUGAAGACAUAUCUGAUCUCUGGGCAGAAGGUGAAGGAGCCCCACUGCAGCUGCUCACAAGCACUGCUUCCCGCUGUGGAGCCCAGAGAUGGAGCCAGGGCACAGGGAGCAUCGUCAGCUGAGAACACCAGUGACCUGACGAAGACUCUCAAACAUGCAGAAAAACCGAAGCCUUGCCCUUCAUGUAGUACCACCCUUGCUCCCCACUGCGAUGUCAGCAUAGACGAAGGAGCUAUCCAAAAUGGUUGUCAGGAUGAGCAUAAAAACAGUACGAAGGCUCCAGGAGGACACAGUCCAAAAACCCAGAAUGGCCUUUUGAGUCCUCCACAGGAAGAAAAGCUCAGCAAUAGUCAAACCUCACUUUAUGAAAUGUUGCAAGAGAAAGGAAGAUGGGGCGGAGUGAGUCUGGAUCAAUCAGCUCUCCUCCCUCUGAGGUUCAAAAACAUCAGAGAAAAGACAGAUGCUCACUUUGUGGAUGUGAUAAAAGAAGAUAGCCUCAUGAAAGACUACUUCUUUAAACCGCCUAUUAACAAGCUGAGCCUGAACUUCUUGGAUCAGGAUUUGGAGAUGACCUACAGGACGAGCUAUCAGGAAGAGGUUAUAAGGAAUGCUCCAGUGAAGACCUUUGCCAGCGCUACCUUCAGUUCGCUCCUGGACGUGUUCCUCUCCACCACAGUCUUCCUCAUUCUCUCUGUCACCUGUUUCCUGAAACACGGAAUGGUUGCAUCCCCUCCGCCGCCCGCAGCAGUUGUGGUGUUCAUCAUCGCCAUCCUGCUAGAGGUGCUGUCCCUCAUCAUCUCCGUCAGAAUGGCGUUCUUUCUGGAGGAGGUGAUGACUUGCACCAAGCGUCUCCUGGAGGUGAUAUCUGGCUGGCUGCCUCGACAUUUCUUUGGUGCAAUCCUGGUUUCUCUCCCAGCUCUUGCAGUUUUUUCACACUUCACCUCUGAUUUUGAAACAAAUAUACACUACACCAUGUUUAUGUGUUGUGCGAUUCUGAUCACCAUUGUGCAGUACUGUAACUUCUGCCAGCUUAGCUCCUGGAUGAGAUCUCUGCUGGCCACCGUAGUAGGAGCAGUGCUGCUCAUUCUGCUCUACGUCUCCUUGUGUCCAGACAGCUCCAUGGAAACUUUUCACCUAGAGUUGGCACAGAACUUCAGCUCCAGAAAAAGCCCAUGCAACAGUUCGAUGCCGCGUGACAUGAAUAGGCCGGCAGACCUUAUCGGUCAGGAAGUAAUUUUGGUUUCCUUCCUUCUGCUCCUUCUGGUCUGGUUUCUGAAUCGAGAGUUUGAGGUCAGUUACCGCCUCCACUACCAUGGAGAUGUGGAGGCUGAUCUUCAUCGCACCAAAAUUCAGAGCAUGAGGGAUCAAGCUGACUGGUUGCUGAGGAACAUUAUUCCGUACCACGUGGCUGAGCAGUUGAAGGUCUCCCAGAGCUAUUCCAAAAACCACGACAGCGGUGGGGUGAUCUUUGCGAGUAUUGUGAAUUUCAGCGAGUUCUAUGAAGAGAAUUAUGAGGGAGGCAAAGAGUGUUACCGAGUCCUGAACGAACUGAUUGGGGAUUUCGAUGAGCUGCUGAGCAAACCGCACUACAGCAGCAUAGAGAAAAUCAAAACCAUCGGGGCAACCUACAUGGCUGCCUCGGGACUGAACACCUCGCAGUGUCAGGACAACAACCAUCCCCACGGACAUUUGCAGACCCUUUUUGAAUUUGCCAAAGAAAUGAUGCGAGUGGUGGAUGACUUCAACAACAACAUGCUGUGGUUCAAUUUUAAACUGAGGAUUGGCUUUAACCACGGCCCCCUCACUGCUGGGGUCAUCGGCACCACCAAGCUCUUGUAUGACAUUUGGGGGGACACUGUGAACAUUGCGAGCAGAAUGGACACCACCGGCGUCGAGUGUCGCAUACAGGUGAGUGAGGAGAGCUACCGCAUCCUAAACAAGAUGGGGUAUGACUUUGACUAUAGGGGGACAGUCAAUGUGAAGGGGAAAGGUCAGAUGAAGACCUACCUUUAUCCAAAAUGCAUGGACAAUGGGAUCGUGCCACAUCACCAGUUGUCUAUAUCUCCAGACAUUCGGGUUCAAGUGGAUGGCAGCAUUGGGCGAUCUCCAACGGAUGAGAUUGCCAACCUGGUGCCUUCUGUACAGAAUUCUGAUAAGAUAGCCCAUGGCACAGAUAACUCAGAAACCAAGGACAUCCUUCCUUCCACCAAGAAGCUUCAGAAAGACGCGGUGAGAGCAGAGGAGAGGUGCAGAUUUGGCAAAGCCGCGGAGAAGACUGACUGUGAGGAAGCGGGAACUGAGGAGGUCGAUGAACUGACAAAGCUAAAUGUCUCUAAGAGUGUAUGAUGCACUGUCAGAGUUGCAUGAAGUGCUCUGUCAAUAGAAACACACAGACAUUUGCAAUUGGCAGUUUUCUUUUUCAAGAGAGACCUUCUCAACACCUGGGCUGUACGUUUGUUUUCAUUUCAGCGCCUGACGCUGUGUGGAUCACAGCUCUUCAGGGCUUGUAUUCAUCCAUCUCUCUCCUCCAUGCCCCAAACCACAUCCCAAGCUCCCCAGCUCCCUGUGCAACCAUCUUACAGCUGAGUAGAGGAUAUUAAGUGCCUUCAGAUAUACUCCAUUGGACUCCCUGUCAAGGUACAGAGGCCCCAAGUGAAAUCAUAGCUUUGGGUAUUUAUCUAAUUUUAAAGAAAAGAAAAGCUGUGGUUAUAUCAUUUUUAUUGUUGUUUCUCACAAAACACUUUUUUUGGCUAAUGCAACUCCUUGGGUUUUUUAUAUCUCUCUGAACAAUGUUUUACUGUUAUCAGACCUUUUGUAUGUAAACACACAGACAAAUGUGCAUGUAUCUACCAUAUGAGACUGACAUAAAGUGCCAGUAACGUACCACAAAAGAAUGUCUUGGCGAGGAGAUGACACAAUUUGACUUUGUGUUGGGCUGGAAGAGGAGUACUGCAGUGGCUCAACAUUUACUUAGAAUAGGCUGAACAACUGCUGUAGUUUUAUUCUCCUUUACCAAUGCUUUCUUCAACCUUAAUGUGCCAUUGUGUGCUUUGGAUACACUUCUUUCCCGUAUAGCCAAUGAGUUACUGAUCUGUGGGAAUGGAAUAAGGGUUCGGACUUCACCAGCUCUCAGGACAGGUUUCCAGACGCAGAUGAGUGACCACGCGAGUGUUACAAUUCAGGUCUUACAAGUCUAAAGCAGUUCCGUGUUACUCCGUACCCUAGCUGAGUUUGCGAAGGUAGGUGAAGUUGGUAUCUCUAAGCUGGUCUGAUUUGAGAGAGAGAGAGAGAGAGAGAAAAGCAAAAUAAACGUUUUGGGAAUGCCUUUAUUUAUUUAUUUAUUUUAUUCCUGUUUUUAUUUUGUUCAGGGGGUUUUGUGUGCAUGCACGGAAGGGACCAGGAGAGAUGAAUUGUUAUUUGGUUUACUAAGAGUAAUCAGAUGGUAUUUCAGCCUCUUCGAACUACCAACCACUGUGAGGAUGUUACCUAGGCAAUACUUGUUUCAAAGCUGGUGAAACUUCUGAAGCCACCAAACGCAAUUUGAGCACCCCAGCUUCCCUCUGUACCCAAUCAAUGGUGCUGCACAAUGUUCUUCAGGAUUUUUUUUCCCCUACACUGUGCUUUUGCAGCAGGGAAUAGAACAGCAUGCUGAGAACAUGCCGCUGUGCCGCUGAGAGCAGGAAUAGGGAAAAAUGUCCUUUCUAGUAAUAGAAGCACAAUAAUUUCACAGUCCUGCAGAUGACUCUGUGCGGGUCCCGGGGACAGGAGACCUGCGGGAGCCCAGGAACUUGCUUGCACAGGGGGACCUGCAGGAUGGGGGCCUUAGACUACACUAGUUUGCCCUCUGCAUGCUUCCAUCGCCAUUCACUUACAUCUGAUGCCCUGCUUUGGGUAAUAUUAAUUAUUCAACUAUUCCACUUCCACGAACUCCUUGUGACACCAAAUAAAAUGGAAGAAUUGUUAUGCCCCAAAUAAAUUCAUUAGUCAGGGGAGAGCUGGUGGAUGCAGUGCUGUGCUGGCUGCGUGUUGGUGUGGGCUUCCAUUCUUUCUUUCCUUCUGGACUGAGGUCAGAACAUGUUGAUACUUCUUUUUACUCCCAGUGUGAUUUUUGACGUUUUGGUAAUAAAUCUGUACUUUGUGAAGCUCCCAUUCAGCUGUUUGAGACCCACCUACACUCCACGGUCAGCACCGAGCCCUUGAAGCCUUUGACAAACGUCAGUCCAUGAGAUUUCUGGAUCUCAGUGAGUUAACAAGACUCUGCACAAGGUUCUCACAAAAAAGCUGCUGUUUAUGCAUAUCUAAAUGGUGUUUGGUAUGAAAGCUAUUUACAGGUUAUCGUACAGCACACAAAAAAGCAGGAGAUGCUCAUCCCCUGUCACCCAUGAUGUGACCUGGUCAGAGGCUAUUCCUGACAAGCAACAAUAUGAAGUUUUUAUCCGUGCGCGGUUUUACAGCAGCCUUCCUUCUCUGUAGAUUAAAACUCAUCCCCUUCUACCCUCCUCUCCUCCUAGUGGGUUGCACUCCCGACUUUCAGGUAGUAUAACUCUGCAAAUACCUCUUGCAUCUGAAGAAUGUAUUCUUGAAACCAUUCUUAGGGUUCUCGUUUCAGUUAAGUGUGUGUCAGUAUUUCUUUUCUUGCAGUAGAGGAGUUAUUGUGGUCCAGAAAUGUUUACACGCCUUCUAGUGUUAUAUCGGAGUCUCAAAGUCUCCCUUUCUCUUCUCCCCGUAUUAUAGACUGAUUUUCUCUCUCAUUGAUCAGCUGUGUGCAAUGGCAGAGUUCAGUCGAGACGCGCCGGCUUCCCUCUUGCGUGAAAUGCUACACAAUCACUAAACCUCCACCAGCAACAGCCCUGCGCCGCGUGAGAGGUUUGCACCCUGUGGUUAAACCUGCAAGGAGAUGGUGCUGGAGGAGGGCCCCGCGCCCAGAGCACCUUUCUUUGCGUUAAUCGAGCAAUGCAGAAUACAAAAGCCUCAUCCUCCAGCCCAUACAGUAAAUAACACUCCUGUGCUGUCGUGAUGUGGUGCUGCGGGUGUAGUGUUGGGUUUCUGGUAACAUUAGAAUACCAAAAAAAAAAAUACCAGGGUCUUUUCUUCAUUGGCACUCAGCAAAUAAAGUGAAGAGAGAAGUAUUAGUGGACUAUGAAAUCGCGGGCUGUUGUCUGCUUGGGGACCUGCAGACCUUACUCUGCCUUAACUCUGAGGCUGAGUCGUGGGAGGUUGAGUAGCUGGUGGUGCCUGUGUUUGCUUAUUGCCCCCAGGACAGCAGCAAGCACGCAGCAACUACAACUGCAAGCCUCCUUUUGGAAGGUUUAAAUCUUCUCUUUGAUAGAGCAUAGUAAGGAAUUAAGAAGCUAAGCUGUAAAUGUGUGGUUUGGCUGAUGAGGUCUUCCCAGGCACAAGGAGCUAGGAGAGAGUUUAUUUUCUGUUGUAAAUCAGUGGAAGCUGAACCUUUACGCCUUCUCUUUGUACCCUUGAAAAGAUGUCCCAGUACUGGCAAAAAUGAUCCUGGAGGCGUUUUUAAUGGUAUUGUGCAGCUCCUCUCUGCAGCUGUGACACGUGUGCGCUUGCAGGAGGCCGUGAGCAAAGUUCGUUUCAUUAACAUAUCUUUUGUGCUCGUUCUGUCAGUGCCAGCACCAUUCCAACACCGCGUAGAAGUUGCAGAGCUGGCCAGGUACCUGCAAGAAUGCUCGUGCAGUUCCAUGCUUCCUAUUUACAGAGGGUUCAAAUAGUGAUUUUAAAACUACCUGGGGCAGGGGUGAAAGAUUGCUGAACGUUCACUAGUGCCGUGUUGCCUUCUGCCACGGUUCACUCGCAGGAGCCGCUCUGGAGCGUUGGAGUAAUGAGGAACAUGUUGAAUAUUUACUGCGGUGAUGUCUUGAUCUGCUGCUAACACAUAAAAAUGCUUGAUUUUCUCCCAGCCGCGUCUGCGAGACAGAUUUCUCAUUCAAAAACAAGUAAAUGGCAUUCCUGUUGAUUUACUUGCUGGCAUUUGACUUUGAAAGAACAGAUUUGCCUGUUAUUUCCCAGGAUGGGAGGUUGUUCUCCUUUGCUGGAGGUAGCGGGAGGUUUGCGGCUCCUGUGUGUCCAAACGCAGUACAGGAGGGUUGUUAAGAUGACACAAUGAGGGGGGAGAGGGUGGAAUCCCCAAGGACUUUACAAAAAAAAAGAGUAUUUGGAUAUUCUCACUUCAGGGCGUCAGAAAGGAGGCACCCGAAGCAAAAACGAAAGGAGCUACACGACAAACACUGUGCCCAUUCCAGCAUUUAGCUAAGGAAGAGCCUGUUGUUGAUUAAAGAGCCAGGCUCUUAGGGUUUCUUGCAUUCGAAAAUCGCUAAUUCUAACCCGCUUUUGAAACUUUAAUUCUGAAUACAACAAAAACGCAUUGCAAGAGAGCUGUUAUUAACUUCAUGUCUUUGUUUUGCAACAUCACCUGAUGUUGAGAGCACCUGGGGUUGGAUAUAAAGGAUCAGCUGUUUAACUGUGCAGCUUUUGGGGUGGCGAGUGUGCCGGAUUUAAAGACUGUGUCUCUUUUCUCCUUUCUUCCCUGCUUUUGUAUUGUUUGCUCGGUCUGGAUGGGAUGUGGAAAUGGUUCUUACCUCCCUACUCCUCGCCUUCAGCACUGCUCAGCGAGGUUUGAACCCUGUUGCUGCCUGGUCUCGCCUUUGGAUGCUGCUGUCACUGCUGUUUGAUUCUGUUUUCUGAUGUUCAGGGGAAGAGUGCGUUUGCUUUGGUAUCUCGGUCCAUUUGCCCAAUCACAGCUGCGGCUUUCUGCUUGUGUUGAUGUUAAGCUGUUUGACAGAAGAUGCAGAAGAGCAGCAGGCACCUCCCAGUGGUUAUUGAACAAUUCUGUGAAAAAAUACAUUUUUCAUCAUACCAAAAGUGGGGGAAAAAAAAAGGUUUCAUUGCCCUGAAUAACAGGGUAAGAAAUAAACUUCAGUGUUUAAUGUCAGUGUUGGGAUUCACUGAAGCAGCAGUCCUGUGUUAGUUAAAUAUUACAAAACUGCUAAAAAUGCAGUCAUAAUUUAUUGAUGUGACUUUCCAAAAUGCUAAGGAUGUUGCAGGGGUGGUUUGAUUCUAAAUAUGGAAUAAUUUACCUGUGGAGCAGUUGAGGUGGAGGUGCAGGGAUCCCCCAGCGCCACGGCGCUUCCACCUCUGUGCCCAGCAGCUGCGCAAACCCUGCUGGGGUCUCGAGGUGAUACAGACACUUGGUAUGUGGAACUGUAUGUGGAACGCCAGUCCGGACAGGAAAGUCGUUUAUUCUAUUUUUUUUUUCCUUUUGAGUUCCCUAUACAGGCUAUAUCAGUCCUUGUUUUGAUUUCUAAGGGAGCAACAUCGAUGGGGAAACCCCUGAAGUGGUGUUGGUUGUUGCUGAGAGUAUCCUGCCCUGCCGGCAGUGGCAAAGUUCUGCAGCGCACUCUAAAACAGGUGGGAAUGAUAACAUUUACACAGCAAUUCCUGCAGACACUGCAGUUGUUCAGCGUUUAGUUUGGGUGGUGCAACGGUCUGAAGGUUUUUCUGUCAAGAGCUGUGAAACUAUAGACCAUUUUUGGAGUAUUGUCUCCAGUUCUGGAAUCCUCAACAUAAGAAGGAGAUGGAGUUGUUGGAACGGAUCCAGAAGAGGCUACAAGGUGAUCCAAGGGCUGGAGCACCUCCCAUGAGGACAGGCUGAGAGAGUUGGGGCUGUUCAGCCUGGAGAAGAGAAGGUUCCGAGGAGAUCUUAUAGUGACCUUCCGGUACCCGAAGGGGCUACAGGAAAGCUGGAGAGGGGCUGUUCACAAAGGCGUGUGGUGAUAGGACGAGGGGCAAUGGGGAUAAACUGGAGAGGGGCAGAUUUAGACUGGACAUAAGGAGGAAUUUCUUCAUGAUGAGAGUGGGGAGGCCCUGGCCCAGGCUGCCCAGGGAAAUUGUGUCUGCCCCAUCCCUGGAGGUGUUCCAGGCCAGGUUGGAUGGGCCUUGGGCAGCCUGAGCCAGUGGGAGGUGUCCCUGCCCAUGGCAGGGGGGUUGGAACUGAAUGAUCUUUAAGGUCCCUUCCAACCCAAACCAUUCUAUGAUUUUCUGCUAAAAUAUACCAGAACUGCAAGGGAAUCCAGAGUGGUGGAAGAGUGCGAUCUGCGGAAACGCUGUGGGACACAGUGCAGUGAUGGGGGUUUGGCUCGCUGGGCAAACGUAUGUGAUGCUCUGCACAGUACCGUGUGCUUCCAGGUCUGAAAUCAGUGAGAAAAGGAGGAGGUGAACAUGAAACAAGGAUUGUUUUGUAAAUCUGCUAUAACGCCACACUCUGAACUCUGUCCGGAGUGAUGGGAAGGAGUUUUGUCAGUGAAAAUGGAACACCAGGAGCAUGUUGUGGAGCUUCUUGUCUCUGUUUUUUUAGGGCUCGUUUGAAAUGAAAAGAGGUUCAAGUAGAAAAUAAAAUAAGAGUGAAAACAUAUUGUGUCUUAACAGCAAUUCAGUUUGAGUGGUGCCAUGGGGAGACGUUCUGAGGUCCUUUAUAGAUAUCAGGUAAAGCUCUGGUAGGAAAGAAAAAGAAUCAUAGAAUGGUUUGGGUUGGAAGGGACCUUAAAGAUCAUCCAGUGCCAACCCCCUGCCAUGGGCAGGGACACCUCCCACCGGAAGAGCGCAAGUGGUCUCUAUAAAAGCUUUCUCAAGUCUUUAUCAGGCGAACUGAACUUCAGACGAGUGGCUGGGCUAUGCGGUGAGUGUGGCAGCGUUUGCUCCUCACCGUCGAGAGUCAGCAUUAGCUUUUGAGAAAGAAGAUUACUUUGGUUAAAUUAGAACAGUAGAAGUAAUUCGAAGCUUUUUCUCCUUGGUGCUUUAUUCUAACUGCUAACCAUUUGCUCUCCUACCCGAGCCGCCCGCAGGCUGGCGAGGAGCAGGAGGCAGGCGCCCGGCGUUUCCUCGCACACCCCUCCAGACGCAAUACGUUUAACACCAUUUUCAGCAGCUGUUCCGCAGGCGCGUCUCCAAGUUGGGAAUUGGUGUCGAGGAAGCAGUCGGUCAUGUUUUACACUGCUGGAAAGGCCCCGAGGCUGCUGCGUUGGCUUCUCGUGCCGUAGCCUUUACGUGGUUGGUCCUGUUCUCUCCCUGUUUUCUGGCUCACUGCAGCAGCACGUAUUUUAAUGUCCAGAAGCGGCAGCGUUCACUGAAUCUGAAGAGCUGCAGAGAAGGUCAGGGCUGGGAACGGCUACUUAGAUGAGUUUCAGCUCUAACCGGUGCUGCUCUAACCAGUUUGUCAUCAGCAAUGAGCAGGAAUGUGCAGUGGAAGUCAGAGCUGAGCACCCCCACAGGUGACAGCUGCCAUCACCGCCGCUCGCACACCCCUUAUUUCAGCAUUGAUUCUCAAUCCUGCAUCAGAUGAGUCAAAACAAAGCAACUUUCUUGAGCUUUUCCUUCUUUUCUCCAUUAAUCACUGAUGUCUUUGCUUGGUUCUAACUUAAUGCAUUGCCUAACCAUUAGUUUGGAAUUGAAAGAGAGGUUUGUAUUUAGUUGUUGUUGAAAGCUCUAAGUUCAGGGAGAACGCAGUACGUGCUACAUCUGCGGGUCUGUCCAGAGGGAAAAUGCCAUUUCAGUGUCUUUGAAACUUUGCCUUUAUUCAAGUGAGACCAGAACUCCAUUUGUGGUUUGUUCCUAGUAUGAGCAGGGUAUCCACCGUGCCCCUGCCCCUGGAAACUUGUCCAAAGGAGGGGUUUGCUCUAUUGCAGUGGUCUGCUCUACAUCGCUGCCUGAACCAGGAUUUGGCCACUGUGCGGGUACUGGCACAGUCCCAUCGGCUCCAUCAGACAUUUCUCUUAAUGUCUCAGAAGUCCACUGUUGCCAUAACCUUCCCCAGUUUUAUUUCUUACUUCUAGAGGCCAUAUGAGAUAUCUAUCCAUCUAUCUAUCUAUCUAUCUAUCCAUCUAUCCAUCUAUCUAUCCAUCCA